GGAUAAGGAGAGUGAUGUAGCAGAUAAGGCAAAUAAGUUAUAUGAAAGAUUGAAGAUGACUAAGAAGGGUCAGAAGGAUGAGAAGGGUAAGGAGGAUGAGAAGGAUAUGAGGCCUGUGGAGAUGAAUAAGAAGGAUGAGCAGGAUGAGAAGGGUGACAAGGGUGACGAGGGUAAGAAGGAUGAGAAGGAUAUGAGGCCUGUGAAGAUUCUUUUGAUUCUAGAUAAUAUCUGGGAAGAUCUUGAUUUAGAUGCUGUGGGAAUUCCUUCCAAAGAUGAUCGUGGUGGAUGUAAACUACUGCUCACAACAAGAAAACUUGAGGUGUUAAAUAGCAUGAAUUCUUCCAAGAAUUUCAAGAUGGGUACUUUAAAAGAAGAAGAAGCUUGGAGCCUAUUCCAGAAGAUGGCAGGUAAUGUUUUUCAAGCACCUGGAUUGAAUUCUUUACCAAAGGAUGUAUGCGAACAAUGUAGAGGUUUGCCUAUUGUCAUUUGUACUAUAGCAAAGGCAUUAAGGACCAAAAGUCAAAAAUCGCAAUGGGAAGAUGCUUUGCAAACACUAAGAAAGUCUUCCCCAUCAAAGUUCCCAACACUUUUAGAAAAGGAAUAUUCAAACAUUAAGUUGAGUUACGAUUAUUUAGAAAAUAAUGAGCUCAAGAAAACUUUAAUAAUUCUUAGUCUAAUGGAAAACUAUACUUCCAUUUUAGACUUGCUCAAGAAUAUCAUUGGCUUGGGUAUACUUACAGGAGCUAAUCUUACAAUAGAAGAAGCACGGAAUAGACUAGAUUCAGUGGUCAAGGAACUCAAAGACUGUUGCUUGUUACUUGAUGGUGGAAUCGAAGGAAGAUUUUCUAUGCAUGACGUUGUUCGCGUUGUUGCUUUAACAUGUGCAUAUACAGAUCACCAUGUAUUUACAGAGAGAAAUGACAUUGAAAAUGAAUGGAAGGAUAAAGAUAAACUUAGAGAAUGCACAAUGAUCUCUUUAGUUGGUGAUAAUAUUGUUACUAAACUUUGGCCUGAGGCAUUAGAUUGUCCAAAACUUGAAUUUCUUACGGGUUCUUCUUUCGAAAUCCCUAAGGAGUUUUUCACAGUGAUGCCCAAGCUAAAAGUUUUAAAUUUAUGUGGAAUACAACAAUCGUUGUCGUCGUCACUUGAUCUUCUAACAAACCUUCAAACAUUGUGUUUAGAUGAUAGCGAAAUUGAAGAUAUUGCUAUUAUCGGAAAGCUUAAGAAGCUAAAAGUCCUUAGCUUGCAAAAUACUAAUAUUGAGGAGUUGUCUACAGAAAUGGGUCAAUUGACUGGGUUAAAGAUUUUAGAUUUGAGCAAUUGUUGGCAAUUAAAAGUUAUUGCGCCAAAUGUGAUAUCAAAACUAUCCCAACUAGAAGAAUUGUAUAUAAAGGGAUGUAGUAUUCAAUGGAAGGGUGGAGUACUUGAGGAGUUGAAGCACUUAUCUCAAUUGACCAAUUUAGAAAUAUAUAUUAAAGAUAAGAAGAUGAUUCCUAAAGACUUCUAUUCUAGAGAGCUUAAAAGGUGCAAUAUAUCAAUAGAAGAUGAAUUGUUCGAUGAUUAUGAUUGGUAUCAAUUUUCAAGAAUCUUUAAUUUUCAAUAUGAUUUUACCGUCUCUUUAGAAGAAUUACGAAUUCUCAAGAAUGUUGAACUCUUACGGUUGGUCGGAUCCCUUCGUGAUGAUAACAGUCUCAAGCCACUUUUUAACAAAAAGGUUAAUUUCACCAAUUUGAUGGCCUUGGAAUUGAACAAUGUUAGUUGUGGAAAGAUUUGGGAUAGCAAAUUUCCUAUGUCCUCCUCCUAUGAGAAUUUGACACGCUUUAUCUUGGAGAGUUGUGGAAAAAUAAAAUAUGUGUUUCCAUCUUCCAUUGCCAAAAGCCUCCAAACUCUACAAAGCCUUGAGAUAAGAGAUUGUGAGGUUUUAGAAGAGAUUGUCGCACAAGAAGGAGGAGCAAAAGCUGCUGUAAAUUUUCCCUUUCCGCAAGUUACCUAUUUGAAGCUUGAGAAUUUACCAAAACUUAUAGCUUUCUAUCCCGGAAUACAUACUUGUGAAUGGCCGAUGUUAAGAGAGUUGGUAAUCAACGAAUGUGGAAAAUUCACUUCAAAAUGUCUAAGCUUCCAAGAAAAUUCAUUUCAUUUCUCAGAGCGAAAGUCCCUCUGCUUGGAGCGUAAGAUCAAUCACGAUUUGGAGGCACUUGAAUUAAGGAAUGGUGGGGAAGGGAUUGUAUGGCAAAGUCAAUCUAAAGCUCUUAUGAUCGAAGGUGAUGAGUUAGCAAAUACUCCACUCCGAUUCCUUCAAAGAUUUGAAAACAUGAAAGAGCUCAAACUAUCUAGAUGUGGUCAAUACAAAGAGCUAUUCUUUCAAAAUCUUCCAAAUCUUGAAGUUCUAGAUGUACAGGAUUGUAGCAAAUUGAUGAAUCUAGUGUCAUCCUCCUUAGCUUCUUUCCAGAAUUUUAAAGUUUUGAAAGUCGACAAUUGCCAUGAGUUGAUGGAGUUAAUAACACCUUCAACAACUAGAAGCUUUAUCUUGAAGAGAUGUGGAAAAAUAAAAUAUGUGUUUCCAUCUUCCAUUGCCAAAAGCCUCCAGGCUCUACAACACCUUGAGAUACAGGAUUGUGAGGUUUUAGAGGAGAUUGUUGUGGAAGAAGAAGGAGCAAAAGCUGCUGUAAAUUUUCCCUUCCCGCAAGUUACCUAUUUGAAGCUUGAGAAUUUACCAAAACUUAUAGCUUUCUAUCCUGGAAUACAUACUUGUGAAUGGCCGAUGUUAAGAGAGUUGGUGAUCAACGAAUGUGGAAAAUUCACUUCAAAAUGUCUAAGCUUUCAAGAAAAUUCAUUUCAUUUCUCAGAGCGAAAGUCCCUCUGCUUGGAGCAUAAGAUCAAUCUUGAUUUGGAGGUGCUUGAAUUAAGGAAUGGUGGGAAAGAGAUUACAUGGAAGAGUAAAGCUCUUAUGAUCAAAGGUGUUGAGUUAGCAAAUAUUCCACUCCGAUUCCUUCAAAGAUCUGAAAAUCUGAAAGAGCUCAAACUAAAAGACAAUAUGUAUAAUGAGCUAUUCUUUCCAACUCUUCUAAAUCUUGAAGUUCUAGAUAUAAGUUGCUGUCAUAGAUUGAUGCAGUUAAUAACACCUUUAAUGGCUAAAAGCUUAGUGCAGUUGAGAGAAAUGAGUGUAAAGAAUUGUGGAAUGCUGAUUGAAAUAGUAGAAAAUAAGGGAGAUGCAACAACGAGUACUGAAAUUGUUUUUAACAAUUUGAAGACGUUGUCACUUGAUAACUUAGAAAGUCUCACAUGCUUUUGCUCUGGAAAUUAUUCUUUCAAUUUCCCAUUUUUGGAAGAGUUAAAUAUAAGAAAAUGCCCUAGUAUGAAGACUUUCUCUCGAGGAAUCUUAAGUACACCAAAGUUAUACGAAGUCAGAAAGGACAACGAGCUUAAUACACCCAUACAACAAGCACACGAAGAAAAGGUGUCUUUUGCUCUCGUAGUACAUAACCUACCUAAAACCGUUGUGCAAACCCUAAAUCAAGGAUCUUAUGUCAUGAGCAUGGACUUCCAUCCACAGCAGCAAACUAUUCUUCUAGUGGGGACAAAUAUUGGUGACAUUAGCCUUUGGGAGGUGGGAUCCCGAGAAAGGCUGGCACAUAGAACUUUCAAGGUUUGGGAUAUAUCAGCUACUUCAAUGCCAUUGCAGGAGGCUUUGUUGAAUGAUGCUACAAUACGGGUGAAUCGGUGUGUUUGGAGGCCAGAUGGACUUAUGCUUGGUGUUGCAUUUUCCAAACAUAUAGUUCAGAUAUAUACUUACAAUGCAACUGGAGAACUAAGACAACACUUAGAGAUCGAUGCCCAUGUUGGUGGAGUUAAUGACAUUGCGUUUGCUCAUCCCAACAAGCAACUGUGUAUAGUUACAUGUGGAGAUGAUAAGACUAUUAAGGUAUGGGAUGCUGUAGCUGGACGCAGGCAGUAUACAUUUGAAGGCCAUGAAGCUCCUGUGUAUUCAGUCUGCCCUUACCACAAAGAAAAUAUUCAGUUUAUUUUCUCUACCGCCAUUGAUGGAACGAUAAAAUAUUGGCUAUAUGAUUGCUUGCGAUCUAGAGUGGACUAUGACGCUCCUGGACGCUAUUGCACCAUGAUGGCAUAUAGUGCGGACGGAACCAGGCUCUUCUCAUGCGGAACAAGUGAAGAAAGCUAUUCUUAUUUAGUUGAGUGGAAUGAGAGUGAAGGAGCUAUCAAAAGGACAUAUCAUGGUUUAAGAGAGAGCUCUUUAGGCGUUGUCCAGUUUGAUACAACACGGAAUCGGUUCUUGGCUGCUGGGGAUGAAUUUCAAAUUAAGUUCUGGGAUAUGGACAAUAAAAAUAUGUUGACGGCUGUUGAUGCUGAUGGUGGAUUGCCGGGUUGUCCUAGACUGAGAUUCAAUAAGGAAGGAUCUCUGCUCGCAGUUACAACGAGUGACAAUGGUAUCAAAAUUUUAGCCAACAGUGAUGGUUUUGUAUCUAUCAACAGUCUUGUAAGUUUAGCAUUUCUUAUACAAUGAAGUUGUUGGUGCUUACCUUGGUCCACAAACUCAUACCGAGUGCCGCUGCAGGGUCCUAUGGACAGCAGCAGACUUGUUGAUGUCAAACCAUGUAUUGCCGACGAUAGAGACAAGGUUAAGAGCUGGAACAUUCGUGAUGUUUCAGAUCCAUCACAGAUGAAAGCUCUGCGCUUACCUGAUUCUAUAGCACCAAGCAAGGUUGUUCGGUUGAUCUACACCAACUCUGGUCAAGCUCUAUUGGCCCUUACCGCCAGCGCUGUACACAAGCUGUGGAAAUGGCAUCGUAGUGAAAGGGAUCUCUUGGGGAAGGCUACGGCAUACGUAGUGCCCCAGUUGUGGCAACCUCCCAGUGAAACACUUAUGACAAAUGACAUAAAUGAUGUAAAAACAGCCGAAGAAUCUGCUGCAUGCAUUGCUUUAUCCAAAAAUGAUUCUUACAUUAUGUCUGCCUCUGGUGGAAAGGUUUCCUUGUUCAACAGGAGGACAUUCAAGGUCAUGGCAAAGUUUAUGCCCCCACCUCCAGCAGCUACAUAUUUGGCAUUCUAUCCUCAAGAUAAUAAUAUUAUUGCCAUUGGAAUGGAGGAUUCUACCAUUCAGAUAUACAAUGUCAGAGUUGAUGAGGUCAAAACCAAACUUAAGGGUCACCAAAAUCAAAUCACAGGGCUUGCAUUUUCCCAAACUUUAAAUGCACUGGUGUCUUCAGGGGCUGAUGCUCAGCUAUGUAUGUGGAGUACCUAUAUAUGGGUGAAGCUGAAAUCAAGGUUCAUACAAGCACCAGCUGGCCGUCAAUCACCUUUGGUCGGAGAAACUAAAGUCCAGUUUCAUAAUGAUCAAAAACAUCUGUUGGUGGUUCAUGAUAGCCAAAUUUCCAUUUAUGACAGCAAGCUAGAAUGUUCACGUUCAUGGUCUCCAAAAGAUACACUCCCUGCUCCCAUUUCAAGUGCCAUAUAUUCAUGUGAUGGUUUACUGGUGUAUGCCGGUUUUUGUGACGGUGCUGUGGGUGUUUUUGAUGCGGAUAAUUUAAGGCUCAGAUGUAGAAUAGCAGCAUCUGCUUACAUACCUUCCUUCUCUGUCAACAGCAAUGCUACCACCUAUCCUUUUGUCAUAGCAGCUCAUCCAUCCGAGCCUAAUCAGAUCGCUCUUGGCAUGAGUGACGGAGCAGUGCAUGUAGUCGAGCCUUCUGAUGCAGAGCUGAAGUGGGGUGACACAUUGACCUUUUUUGAACAUCAGCCUUUUCGCUUGUUUGGCUCUGAUCACUUCCUCUAAAUCAUGGCCUGCUAUAUCUGUUGUAAACCGUUUUUCUCGUCGGCUGUUUUGCUACGUGAUAUUCUAGAGAGGAACAUUUUAUCAGAAACUGAGAACACACCCUGCCACAAGCUGAUUUGAUGACAUUUAGAAGGUUUUCCUAUAUGAUGAUGUAUACAUUAAUGGUUUUUGGAAUGAAAAUUGUCAUUGUUGUCAUGUCUGUCUGUUUAUAUAGUAAAAAACCAGCCUUUUGUUUUAUUUAUUUUGGGCUGUUCCACUAUAAAGAUGUUUAAUUUAUACUUGCACUUCUCCCCUUCCCAAUAGGCUUUAUGUUUUUGUACAGUAAAAAUUCUAUUCAAGUUUUUCAUAUUUGUUA